CUUCAUUCAGAGAAGGAGUUCCAUGAUGCGGCGAAGCGUAAUGACACAGCCAGGAUGGAGGAGCUCAUCGAGAGAGGGGUUGACAUCAAAGCCAAAACCAAUACAGACCGGACUGCCCUGCACUGGGCCGCGGGAGCAGGGAACGUGGAUGCUGUGCGACUACUCCUGGAUCACGAUGUCCCGGUGGAUGACGAAGACAGUUUUGGAAUGAAUGCACUUCUCCUGUCUGCCUGGUUUGGCCACCUCCGCGUCUUGCAGAUCCUCGUCAAUGCUGGGGCCAAGAUUAACUGUGUCAAUAGGAAUGGCAGGAACCUGCUCCACUGUGCGGCUCAGAGGGGACACAUCCAGGUGAUGGAGUUCAUCAUGGAGGACCUGGAGGACAUGUGUGUGGAUAAGACAGACAAGAUGGACAGGACAGCGUUUCACCUGGCUGCAGAGUAUGGGCAGCUGGAGGUGGUGGAGUUCCUAAUUCGUCUGGGUUGCUCUCACAGUGCCAAAGACAAGGAAGAAAAUACAGCAUUGCAUUUAGCUGCUAAAAAUGGACACCUCUCUGUGCUGCAGAAGAUUAUAGAUGUUGGAGUGGACCUUGAUGAAAAGAACUUAGAAGGACUGACGGCUCUGCAUCUGGCUGCUGAGGGGGGUCACAACAACUGUGUGAAGCUGCUCUUGGAAGCAGGUGCCGAUGUCAAUGCGCAAACCCAGAAGAAGAUGAACUGCCUUCAUUACGCGGCACUGCACGGCUAUGAGGAGAUAGCCAGGAUCCUCAUGGAUGCAGGAAUCCACACAGAUGCUGUUAAUCAUCAAAAUGCAUCAGCGACACACAUUGCGGUACUGCAGAACUUCCCAGCCAUGGUGAAGCUCUUCAUUGACGCGGAGUGUGACCUUGACAUUCCAGAUAACAGGCAGCAGACUGCACUACACAUUGCUGCGGAGCAUGGCAGGCAGGAUAUUGCUGAGAUGAUUCUCAUUGCAGGAGUUAAUCUGAAGCUAACAGACAAGCAAGGGAAAACAUCUCUGGAUGUCGCUGCCCGAGGAAAUCACAUCAGCUUGGCGGACAUGAUUAUCAAAGCCGAUCGGUUUUACAAAUGGGAAAAGGACAAUCUGAACAGCGACUCCGACUCCUGGGUGGCAAAGCACUUGACCUUUAAGCAAGAUCACAGGCUGGAAACACAGCACAUUCGCUCAGUAAUGUGGAGAUUAGCUACUAAGUACCUCAAACCUGGGGAAUGGAAGAAGCUGGCACAUUACUGGAAAUUCACUGAUUCCCACAUUAGGGCCAUUGAGCAACAAUGGACAGGCACUAAAAGCUACAGGGAGCAUGGCCACCGAAUGUUGCUUAUCUGGCUCCAUGGCGUGAUCACAGCAGGAGAAAAUCCAAUCAAGGGGUUGUACGAAGGCCUUGUGGGGAUCGAUUUGGCAGAAAGCAUUCGGAAAAAAGCAAACGCAGACUCUGCCUCUCCCCGGAAGUGCGUAGCGAUGUAA